CACACUCUUAUCUCUUGCCCUCAGGUUUGUUUGCAAGAACAAUGGAGUUCUGUUUGAGAAUCAGCUGCUACAGAUCGGCAUAAAGUCUGAAUAUCGCCAGAACCUGGGGCGGAUGUAUCUGUUCUAUGGCAAUAAGACGUCAGUGCAGUUCGUAACCUUCACGACUACAGUCACCUGUCCAGGAGAGCUACAGUCUCAGAUCAAUGUUCAGUCUAAAACAGUGGAGCCUCUCAUAGAAGGAGGUGCUCAGGUGCAGCAGGUCAUCAACAUUGAGUGUCUGACUGACUUCACUGAUGCACCACUCCUCAACAUCAAGUUCAGGUAUGGCGGAGCUCUCCAGAAUCUCACCCUCAAGCUGCCUGUUACCAUAAACAAGUUCUUCCAGCCCACAGAGAUGGCAUCACAUGACUUCUUUCAGCGCUGGAAACAGCUCAGCCAGCCUCAGCAAGAAGCACAGAAGAUCUUCAAGGCCAACCAUGCCAUGGACACCGAAGUGCUCAAAGCAAAG